AUGGCAACGUCGUCAGAUAAACGGUCAAGCCUAGCUAAUGAGAAGCGUCCGAGCGUCCAAAUGAAGGUUCGUCUGACCCUUUUUAUCUCGGAAAAUACUCGUUUUACUGCCAGAUUCACAGAAUUUCAAAAAAUCCGGAAAAAACUCGAGUAACAUUUCCGAAAUCCCUUAUUUCAGAACAGCUUCAACAGCGACGCCUACAAAGUGCCGAUCAAGCAAAUCUUGACAGCUCCCAGCCAAUCUCACUCCCGCAUCACUCCCGGUGGCCAAGUAAGAUUUUUUCAAUUUUCGAUCUAGUCCAACUUUUCGGAUGAUCCAAAUUGAGAAAAAAAAAUCGUUGAUUAUCAAAGAAAUUUUUCUGCUUCUCUCAUGGUUUUUUCGAGAAAAGUUCUAGCCUUUCUCUCAUUUAUUGGUGAGAAAAUAAUCAGUUCCUCCGUUUUUUUGUAUCUAUUAGCUGACGAUAAACACAACUCCAAACUUUAAAAAAUAUACUGAAAAAUCGUUUUCGCAAGUCUCGAUUGUAAGACAGACCUAGCCGGCCUAGUCCUCAUUCGGCAACCCUUCUAUGAUUUAAAAAUUCCCUCUCGUUCCAAGGCAGUUUCCAAUAGUAACAAUGUCCCAAAGCUCCAGAUAUGGAACGAAAAAAUUCCAAAUACGAGUUACACGGAACUUCCAAAAAUAAACCCAUACCACACUAAAUUCCUUUUCUGAAACAUCAAAAAUCCCAAAUUCCAGCUCUUCCUCUGCGCGAUGGGCCUGAUCAUCAGCGUGGCGAUCUGCGUCUGGCUCGGCAUUUUCAGCCGCGAAAGCGGAUGGCGACGGGCGGUUUUUGCCUCGGCCGCCGCCUUUUGCGCGGUCCUCUUCGCCCUUUUGACCUUUAUGACGAUUCGACGAGCAAAAAAGUGAGCCGAAAUGAAUAAUUCCCCGGCAUUUUGUUGAGCUUUUCAGUCCCCCUGAGCCGGAACCGCUUCCCGACCUCUCGCAACGACGCUCCACCAUCGGCGCUCGCAUAAGCAAACGCUCGAUUGGGGCCGGAGUCAGCCAGUCGGACGACUGCCCAUCCCAGGUUUCGAUUAUUCAUAAAGAUGGCCAAACUUAGGAAAAAGUUCACUAGUGAGUCUGUUCUGAGCCGUGCAAAGAAACCUUACUUCGAGCUGGGUAAUUUAAAAAUUCUCUGUCUAAAAAUUCCAAAGAGAGAAGGUUUGAGUAUAUCGGACUAUUAAAAGGUUCAAAUAUUCAUGAAAACCUUUUUCGAGCUAGGUAAUUUUACGUGUGGUUUUAGAAUCACAGGAACAGCUAUGUUAAGCGUUUUUCAGUGUCGAAAACUCACGAAAACCCCUUUUUUUGGAAAAAGUCAUUGAAUUUUCUUUUUAAAAACUGGUCUAUGUUGUCCAAAGGACCAUUUUUAAAGCUGGGCCUUCCAAUUCUGCGUCUUCAAAAUCCAGAAAUCCGAAAUUUUUGUAAUUUUCGGGCAAUAACCAGGCUUAAGAGCCAAAUAUCUCUUCUCUAGACUUUCAGUCAACCUUCGUAAAUUUUACACAAAUAUUGCAGAUUAUAAGCUUCAGUUCUACUUUCAGGCUCAGUUUUAACCACAACUUCAGAUCAAUCUCUUUUUUUCAUGAAUUUACUUAAGUUAAAAAUUCCUUGAAAGAGCUACUUUUGAGUUCAUAAAAUUUUUCGUUUAAACUUCUUGACCAUGGCCUCGAAUUCACUUUGAAAAAUUAAAUUCAAAUUUCCAGGUCUUGGUAACUGGAGGACGAGGAUCGCUUACCGCCACAUAA